CCAAAAAGCUUGCGGGCGGUGCUGCCGGGACGGCCGCCUGGGUCACCAACGUCGGCAAUGAGUACGGGCAGGUGCUCAUGUCCGUCCUCACUGCAGCUGAGGGGGGCGGACUUGUCGACAUGGCAUGGUACCGCGAAGCCGGGAAGGCCCCUCCAAGGGUCCUGUACGUGGACCGGGACUGCUGUGCCACCGUGGGACAGUGUCAAACGUCCAAGCUGUUCCACGAGUGGCACGAGCUGGUCGUCAGGCUCGACGUGUGGCACCUCAUGCGGCGUUUCGCCAGAGGGGUGACCACCGACAGCCACCAGCUCUACGGCCUCUUCAUGGCGAGGCUCUCCUUCGCCAUUUUUGAGUGGGACGCCGAAGACGUGUCCCGCCUGAGAGGAGCCAAGCAGUCCGAGGAGGGGAGGGACGCCCAGGAGGUCAAGCUGUCCGCCAAGGAGCUCGCCCGUCACUGCCGGCGCCGCACCAGGGGUGCAGUGGAGACGGAGCGGCUGGUCCAAGAGGUGCUGGACACCUUCUGGCACGUGACGGACAGCAUGGGCGUCCCUUUGAUCGACCGCGCCCGAAUGGAGGAGAUCUGGAGCACGCAGCGCCGACACCUCGACUGCAUCCAGGACCCUGCGGGAGUGGACCUCUACACCAAGACGGGAGAGCUCACCAAAGGCGGGGUGAGGCUCCCCGUCUACCGGUGCGGCCGAGGCUCCACUUCCCUGGAAUCGUUCCACCUGCACCUGUGCCGCUUCAUCCCAGGACAAUCUGCAAGUGAUGUACACUUCCAGGUGUACCUGCUGGAGGGCCUGGUGCGGUGGAACGAGAAUCGAGGGAAGCCAGAGGUCGGCGCUGCGUUGCUACAGUGCCCAGCUGCAGCACAGCUUCGACCAGCUGACCCAAGAGCUUCUUGGGCUCACGCUGGUCGACACGUACACCAUGCCCAGGGAGUACACAGGGGAACUCAUUGGGGUGGAGUACCUGUUCUCCCAGACGGGCGCUGUGCUGCAGAAGGACCUGGAUGAUCCUGAC